AUGGGUUCCAAUUUGGGUUUUUGGAUCAAGUGUAGUGUCGAGGUUCCUAGAUUUCUGAAUGUAGAAAAUUUGAAAAUAAUUGCUUUAUGGGGUGCUACAGCAUGCAGUAUUCUUGAUAGGGCUAUUGAAGCAGAGGAUAGUAAGUAUGGAGACUUUCUGAGGAACACAUUGAGGGGUACCUUGAACUGUCAGCCAAGACGAAGUCUUUUUUUACUACAGUUGUUGCUUUGUGGGAUGCGGAUUUCUAUGUUAAAUAUAGAUCUGAGAAGGCUGAAAAACUGCUUGCUGAAGUGUUACUCAAGGGGCUACAAGGACACAGGCUUGUGUCCACAAAAAUGGAUGCUUUAUUAUCGACUCCCCGAUUGGUCCUUUGCCAUGGCCCAGUGCACCAUUUCACUGACAUCCAUGUUUGAAUUCAUGUUCCUUAUUGUGACUUGCAUCAUCAAUAAUGCAUUUGCUUCAUUAUUGAUUGCAUUUUUUUAAUUGUGAUUUUGUUUCAUUAGAAUUUUUAUUGUUUAGGGAGCCAGUUACUUUAAAUGAUGAUGGAUUUAGAGGAACUAAGUUCAUUCUCAUUUGCUACCUUUCAACAAGGGCUUCAAGUUUAGGCAGCAAAGGCUUCAUUGAUUGGAUCUAUACAAACGUGGGCUUGAUUUUCUCUUCAAAGCCAAUGGAAGC